AUGGGUGGUAGUCAAGAAGAAGUUGUUAAAGAAUUUAUUCGAGAGCUUCAAAGUAUGGUUGAAACUCGUCCACCAAUAUCAAAAGCAAAAAUGAUGUCAAUUACCAAAGCAGCAUUGAAGGCAGUCAAAUUCUAUAAGCAUAUUGUAAUGAAUGUCGAGAAAUUUAUCAGCAAGUGUAAACCUGAAUACAAAAUUCCUGGUUUAUAUGUUAUUGAUUCUGUUAUACGACAGUCUCGCCAUCAAUAUGGAAUAGAUAAAGAUGUAUACGGCUCAAGGUUUGCAAAAAAUAUAAUUAAUAUAUUACAGCAUGUUGAAAAAUGUCCAACAGAAGAUAAAAAUAAAGUUUCACGUGUACUUAAUUUAUGGGAGAAAAAUUCUAUCUUUUCUCCUGAUUUAAUCAAACAGUUAUUUGAAGCGCAUCAAUCAUGUGUAAAUACGGGUGAUUUGUCAGUUAAAAUUGAAUUUUCAACGGAUAAACAAAGCGGUGAAAAGACUUCCGGUGGUACUGACUUCGAUCGUUUUCGAGAAUUACAAGAAACAUUGAUGCGUGCAUCUUCUAAAGGUGAUACAGAUACAACAUCGAUUCUAACCGAAAUUCAACAGAUAACCAAUCAACUAUUAGAAUCUCAUAAAAAGCCUAUAACAGCAAAUAAUUCAAGUGAUGAACCAUCAUCAACAACCCAAUCAAUUAUAAAUCCGCCUGAACCAAUGCAAUCAAAUGUUGCUAAUGUACUUGACGAUUUUGAUUAUGGUUCCGAUAAUGAUGAUGAUGAACCACGAGGGCAAACAAUCACAAAUAUACCAUCGAAUUUCCCAUCGAAUAAUAUCCAACAAACAAUGCAAUUUCUUCAACCACCAACUGGAAUGUUAAUAAACCCAAACCAUGCAAAUACGGUGUCGUUUCCUGUAACUGAUGCUAAUAAUAUGUCAAUGUCGAUGUCAUUUGAUCCUACACGCCCACCGCCAAUAUUUUUUCAACAACCACUACCAUCGUCACUAUCUUCACAACAACAACAAAUCAAUUAUGAUGCUACUCGUCAAAUGUUGCAUCAGCCGAUUGAUGUUGACCUUCGUCCCGAGGAUAUGGAAGCAGAUAAUUCUGAUGAACACCAUCAUCAUCGAAUGACAUCAUCUCCUCCACGUCAUUAUAAUCGUCGUCGAUCUCGUUCACGAUCUCGUUCACGUGAACCAAAAAGAACACGUUCAUCAUCGAAUUCCAUGAACCGAAGAGAUUCAGCUGCAUCACGUUUAAAAGAAACUGAAAAGCGUGAACGUCGUCGAAAAGGUUUACCACCAUUGAAAGAAGAUCAUCUUGUUGUUAGCUCAAGAACACUUUGGCUGGGACAUUUACCAAAGAUUAUUAGUGAAAUUGAUUUACGUGAACAAUUAGAACCACAUGGAGAAAUAAGCGAUAUCAAUCAUAUUCCUCCACGUGGCUGUGCAUUUGUUUGCUUUAAAGAACGUUCAGAUGCAUCAAGAUGUUUAGAAAAAAUGAAAGAUUUUCGUUUUCAUGGAAAUCCAAUCAAAAUUGCAUGGGCAAUGAAUAAAGGUGUAAAAGAUCGUUUUAAAGAAUUUUGGGAUGCUGAUCAUGGUUGUACUUAUAUACCGUAUUCAGAAUUAAAGGAUAUUCCUAAUCUAACAACGUUAGCCGAAGGUGGAACUAUUGAUGAUGAAUCGAUGCCAUCGUUUUUAAAAUCUACUGUGCCACCAACGCGUGUUGAUGUUCCUCCUAUGAUGCAUCAACAAUCAAUACAACCACUUGUUCAACCACAUGCACCAUUUGCUCAUCAAGAAUUUCAACCACCGCCAAAUCUUCCACCACGACCAACCACCGUUCAUUUAGAUACAUCGAAUCGAUUAGCUCCAGGCCCAACCAUUCUUAUGGCGCCAUCACAUGAUCCUUCAAUACGUGUUGGUUUACCUGUUCAAAUGAUGCCACCAGGUGCACAAAUUAUACAAGUACAACAACAUCCACAUGGGCAACCUAUGCAAGUUGUUCAACAUAUAACUGGACGAGUAUUUCCUAAUAGUCAGAUCGUUCAUCAGAUGCCAUAUGGUCAUGUAGUUACGACUAAUCAACAUCCACCUUCUAUACAAUUACAACAUCAUCAUGCCGAUUUAAAAGAUUUUAAUCCACAAGCACUACAGCAUGGCGGUGGUUUGCACCUUUUAACAAGUGCAACUGCUGUACCAACGCAUCAUCAUUUCAUGUCUACUACAUCGAUAGCAGCAGGAGCUCCAUUGACGGCUGCUACUUUCGCUCACACCGUUGAUGGUUCGGCUUUAAUUCAAUUCCAUGAUGAUUCUCAUCGACGCCCUUCACCGUCCAUACAAUCAACACAUUAUGACGAACAUCAUCGUCAUAAUCUAUCAUCAACUGAUGAGCAAUUAGUUCAUCUUGCGACAACAACAACAUCAUCAUCAUCUACACGUUUUCCACCCCCAUUACUCGGAGAAUCACCAUCACCAAGUCGUAUGCAUCCUCAUCAUCAAUUCGGAAAUAGUAUGUUGCAAGGACAACCACAAUCACUUUUAGCAACAUCAACCAAAAAUGAUGAACACCAAAAACAAUCACCGUUUCCACGACGACCCAAUCGUUUCGAAGAAAGAGAAGAUACAACACAAACACAAGAUAAUAAUGGGAAUUUCUCAGGUUAUCAUGGUGAACGAAAUAGUUAUAAUGAUCGAGCAAACUCCAGUGCCAUAUCAAGAGGCUCCAAUCGAGGAAGAGGGGGUGGUGGAAAUCAUGGUGGUCGAGGUUAUUACAGCAAUAAUGAUCGAGGUGGUCGACUAAACAAUAAUGAUAAUAAUGGUGGAGGAUUUAGAAGUCGAGGUGGUUUCCAUCGAGGAGGUCGUGAUGACACCGGUACUGGUAAUAGUAGUGGUCAAACUCGUUUUUUCUCUCGUGGUAAUAAUCGAGGUGGUAGUCAGAAUCAUUCAUUGCCACAUCAAUCAUCUCGUAGUCCUGAUCGUCGUUCAUCUUCAUACCGUAAUGAUCAUAAUAUAGAUAAAUAUUCUUCAACCACAAGUGGAUUUUCUGCACCAUUGUCCGACGAAUUUUCUCAUCGUUCAUUACCAAUUGAAGCACUACGUAGAAAAGAUCAAUCAAACAUUGAUUCAUCAUCAAAUAAAUCAUCAUUGAUGAUCGACGAAACAAUCAGUGGCAGAAGUGGACAUACCGAAUAA